CCCGGUACCGGGACGGGCCCGGGAGUGUCCCCGCAUCCCUGCGCCCCCCAGCCCCCGCUGCCACCGUCCCAUCGUUGCCGCCGUGUCCCCCCGUGUCCCCCGCGCCGCCCCGGUCACCGCUGCGAUGAGCGGGGCAGGGCUCAGCGUGUCCCGCCGUGUCCCGGCGCCGAUCGUGUUUCGUCCGUGAUCAAUUAUAGAUGGGGACACGCGGCGGGGGGAGCGCGGAGCUCCAGCGCCUCCUCUGCACCAUGGGGGGGGUGUCCUAGCCCUGGGGGUCCCAAGUGGGCGAGGGGCACCGGGGGGCUGGGGCGGGGGGCUCGGGAUGGGUUUUGGGGGUGACCGGAGGAGCCGCCCCCGCGCUGCCCCCGGCUCGGCCCGGGCUCAGAUUCCUUUUGUGCGGUGCAAGUGGCCCCUGAAACUUUAAUGAAGCCACCGGAUCGCCGGGUCGCCCGUCCGGCCCGCCCCGCUGCCCGCGGCUGCCGCCGGCUGCGGCCCCGCCGAGCCCCUCGCCAUGGCCCAGGGCUUCUGGCGGCUCUACAAGGCCAAGGUGCUGCAGACCCUGGGGGCGCCGCGGCCCGACGGGGCCCUGCAGGACGAGGGAGACCCCCCCGAGCUGAUGGAGACGGCCGAGCCCCCCGCGCUGCUGGAGGAGGGAGCCAGCCCCGUGUCCCAGCUGGCCCGGAAGGUGCAGGGGGUCGGUGCCCGCGGCUGGCGGACGCUUUCGUCCCUCUUCACCCGCGAGGACGAGCACCAGCUGCUCAGCCCGGAGCCCUGCCCAGACCACCCUCUGGCCGCCGAGCCGCCCGAGGUGCCCCACACCGAGAAGGCUCCGGGGUUUUGGGAUCUCUUUGCUACCAAGUGGCAGCAGGCGGCGGGGCCGGACAAGGCGGGGCCGCCCCCGGAGCCGGACGAGAGCCCGGGGGAGCCGCCGGGGGACGACGGCAGCGACCUGCGGGAGCCGGAGGAAGGGGCCUUCCACUGGGGCUUCCUGGCCGGCAAACUGGCCGAAAUCCGGAAUAAAAACGCCCCCAAGGGCAACUAGAGGAGGGUGCAACAA